UCCAUGGAGUUCAGACCUCGCGAUUACUCCGCCGAGGAAAAAUCCCACGCGCUGCCUCGCACACGCUCCGCCGAUCAUCCUCUUUCACCUUCACCAUCUCCGUCUCACCUCCAGAUUGUCGCUGUGGACCAAGGAAACGACGACUUCUUUGAUCCUUUGAGAGCUUCGGACGACAAUGGAGCUGUCUCCGGGAUCGUUUCGCAAGAUUCCGAAAGUAUUUCCGAUGCAGAACUUCCUAGAGCCUCUCUGCAAAACCACGAGAAAGAAUGGACCUCUUUCAAGAGAUUCUUAAUGCAGAGAUUUCCUGUCUCAAAAAUGGUUUCAGUUUCUUCGAUGUCCGAUAUGAUAAUAAAAGGUGGUGGAACAACACAUGAAAAAUCCUCAACAAGUAAGCAUUUGGAAGAACUGGAAGACCCAGAAAAGUUCUCAGAAGAAGGUGCCAAAAUUAUAACACGACAAGAGUAUGUCUCCCGGUUACAUGAGCUCAAAGAUGAAAUCAUUCGUGCGUGGAAUGUUGGUGAUCGUGUCACGGCUUUGAAGUUAUCUAUAAAGGUUGCUAGGCUUUUGUUAGAUACAUCAGUGUCACAAUUUUACGGCACGGUUUUUGUUCUUGCCACUGAUGUCAUGGACAUGCUUGGGGAUAUGGUAUGGGAACGCAUCAAAAGGAAAGCUGAAUUUUCAGAAGAUGGAACCAGAUUGUGUUCUUUACCAGAGAAUUUCAAAGCAAGUGAUAUUUGCUCUGAUGCCAAAGAAACCUGCAAUAAUUGGUUUUGCAAAAUUGGUGCUGUCCGAGAGCUUCUUCCACGCAUUUACCUGGAGCUGGCAAUAUUGCCUUGCCGAUGUUUCUUGGAUGAGAGGCCUCAAGACUGUUUCCAACGCUUGGUAAUGAUGAUAAGAGGGCUUGGAGAUCCACUAGCAUCUGCAUAUUGUCGUCUAUACUUGGCACGUUGUAUGCGGAAAUUGCCUUCUUAUGAUAUUGCAUAUCUAGUUAGAUCUGUUAACGACAUCAAAAUGCUAUUGUCAAGGAUCAUACCGGCAAAGGGCGCUGUGGUACGAAAUAUUAAAGACAACAAUAGAUUGCUUGUCAGUCUGAUGGAGCCAACCAUCGAGUUUAGUAUGAAGUGCAUGUUUAAGGAUGCAUCUCAGAGGCAAGUAGGUAAAAUACUCAUGGAGCUUGGACUGGGAAGAAAUGAAGAGGAGUUGUUUGGAACUUUUCCAUGUGUCUCAGUUGUUCUUCAUCAUCUACUCAAGGAACUUCCAACUGAAGUAUUUAGCUCAAGUGCCGUGAAAAUCCUUCAUGUAAUUGAAUGCAGUAAUGAUAAUUCCUUUAAUCAGUGCUUGAAUUACAGGUUACUUGGAUUCAGGCUUUAUGAAAAUAGAUCUCAAACAGAAAAUGUCAGUGCUGUGGUGGAUAAAAUUAUCCAGGUUGCUAAUCAGUAUGAGAACUUUGAUGAGUACUUGAAGGUUGUAGAUGCUUUUGUGGAUAUUAUUCUUGAAAAUCAGAUGGAUUGCCAUCUGAACAUCAUUUUAGAAGGUAUUUCAAGGCGGGCAUGCAGUACAGGGACUGCUGAAGAUGAACAAGCGAGUUUGCAGUCCAUCUUGGUCAAACUUCUUUCUCAUCAUAAUCGUAUUGAAGAUGUGGUUGCUUUGAAUCAUUUUCUUGAGAUCUUAGACAUAUUGUACGGAAGCUCAAGGACCAUCGUCAAUAUGCACAUCCUUAAUAUGGCUACAAGGAAUGGUUAUAUAUGUGAUCCAACAACCAUACAGCUGCUUUUUGAAAUAUCUCAGGCUCUAUAUGACGCUAUAGACUUUGUGAAUGUGAAAGAUGCUGAUAACCAACCUGGACGUUUGAUUUCCCGUUUUGUUAAUAUGGUUGAUUAUGGGGUAGAGAUGGAACGUCAUUUAACAUUUUUAGUUGAAUGUCGUGGAGCUUUUGGGGGCAUAGAUGGGCUAAAGGAAAUUUUAAUUCACUCCAGCAAUUUUUUGGCCGUCAAAGCUUUGAAAGACGGCAGCAAACAUCACAGUUUCAUCAAAUCGUGCAUAGCAUUUGGUGAAGUCACACUACCUUCUAUUUCAUCUCAGAUUAGUCAGCUAAAUCUAUACCUUGAGACUGCGGAGGUUGCUUUAUUAGGUGGCUUAGUAUCUCAUUCAGAGGGACUACUAAAUUCAGCAAUCAGCUGCUUGCAAAGUUUAGAUAGGAUGGAUGGCUCAAAAGUGCCAAAAGAUGUUGAUUGGAUACUCUCCUUAGUUCGCAAAUUAUGCAGUCUCUUGGUUAUGAUUCCAGGUAAUACUGAGCUGGGAGCUACUUACUUCCUCAACACCAUUUUAGUACUUGUAAACUCGCAGUCAUGGGCAAAACCGAAAAUGAGGGCAAAGGCUUUUUGUUCAAUAAUUUCACUGUCAGCAACCUUAUCUCAAAAUAAGCUUCCUUAUCGUGUUGAUCAUGGAAAGGUUCCAGGAAAUGACUAUCUAUACUACGGCGAUUUAUCAUAUUUACACGAACUUGCCUCAUUUUCGAAGUUGGUUCUUCAGCACCUGAUUGAUUCUAUUCAACAAGAACCAUCGUUGGCUGCUCGUGGAAGCCUGGCACUUGAAGCUUGCAACUGCAUUGCAUCAUCUUUUGCUCCAAGUCCAGAGAUAUCUCUAAUCUGCUCCAAACUGAUGGAAACGGCCAAGUCAUGUUUGAGCACUAGGGACAGAUACCUCCAUUUGACUUUCAAAUUUUUGGACAAAUACUUGCCUUCUUCUGAGGUGGCGACUCAGAUUGCUGCAUGAGGAACGCACACAUUGGGAUUGCCUUGCCUUCAGUACAUUAUUUACACAUGGUUGGCUUUUGGGGUAUUCAAUGUAAAAUAUUGUAAUUCCUAAUUGUUUUAUGGUAUUCGUCUCUGGCUCUUUACAGAGACCUUGUGUAGACAGAUAUUUUUUCUAUUAUGAUAUUGUUUUUUUUAUUACGAUUUACCAAAAAAAAAAAAAAAAAGCAAGUGAAAAUUGCUA